AACAAGUAAAAUUUUGUUUUACUAAAGAAUAGCCAUACUAUUCUAUAUAAUUUUUUAUAUUCAGUUCAAUCAUCUUGGAAUGGAAAGACGAAAAGCAAGUCCUGAACAGUUAAAUAUGUUGCUGCAUUUCUUAGAAGAAGAUAAGGAAUUAGCAAUCGGCAAAUUUACAGGCUUAGAAGGUAGAAUCAGACAAACAAAUGCUUGGAUUAAAAUUACAGAAAAACUCAAUGCAAGUUCUGGUUUUGGUUCGGGUACCAUAAAAACUCCAGAUAAGUGGCGUCAAGCUUGGAGAGAUUGGAAAUCUAAUGUGAAAAAAAAAGCAUUCAAAAUACGCAAGAAUCACUUUACUCCUGGUAGUGGUGUUAACACUCAAUUGACUGCGGCAGAAGAAAAGAUACUUAAACUGAUAAGCACAAAAUCAACAGCAUUUGGAUUUUCCGGAGUUCGUGAAACUUCAGCAGUAAUAGACAAUAACAUUGUAAAUUCAGAAUCUAAUACUCGGGGUGAUGAUUCAUGUAGUGCAAAUCCUGCUUCUAGUAAUGUGAAAUGGGAACCUGACAAUCAACAUUUUAAUAGAUCUUUACUGGAUAAUACGGUUUUAGGAGAUAGAUUGAAUAAUGUUCCAGAUAAUGGGACAAAUGAGAUUUCUUCUGCUCCUGUUAUAGAAAAACCUUUUUGGAGAAAAAAAAGGCGAGUCAGAUUUGUACAUGAUAGAGUUUUGAAUUUAGAAGAGGAAAGAAUAAAAAUAGAAAAACAAAAGUUGCUUGAAAAGAAACGUUGCAAUAAUAUCAGACUUAAGAUUGAAAUGUUUUAUUAG